CAAACCUAGCUAUCUUCUCACCAGGCACACACCGGUACGAUCAGGCCGACGACGCGAUCAGCGAGCGGGCCGGGGGGACAGAUGGAGGCCGAGGCCUUCCCGAUACGGUUCACGAAGGGCAUCAGGUCCUACUGGCGCCGGCGCGACUACCAGCCCGCGGACGGCGCCGGCGCGGCGUCCCGCGGCAGGCGCCGGCGCAGGCUGGUGCGUCUCGGGGACGGCAGCGGGCCCAGGCCGUGGGCCGUGCGGCUCGGCGGCAUGUUCCGGGUGAAGCGCCGCCGCGGCAGGGCGCCGGCGCCGGCCCCGGCCGCGCCCGUGGCCAAGGCGCCCAUGCGCGUGCUCGGCCGGAUCCGGGACGCCUACGUGGACGUGAUGCUGGGCGCCGCCAAGACGCAGCCGGCCGCGGCGCGGGCGCCGCCCACCGCGGCCGGCGCGCUGUGGAAGAAGCGGGUGCCCACGCGCCGCUCCAGCAGCAAGGCGCAGCAGAAGGCCGACGAGCUCGGCCAGAGGCUCGUCAUGGAGAUGUACAAGUCUGUGCUCGCGUCCAGGAACGUCUCCGGCAUGCUCCGUGCGUCCGUGGCGCGGUAGCGUGCAUCUGCGGUGGACGUGCCGCGAACGCGCCCAGGAACAAGUCUUUCACAUUCCUUUCUUGCUUCCGGUUCGCCUCUGUACAUGUUACGUUUUGCCCGUACAUCCAUAAAGCAUGGGGUUGCUAUGCUGAAGUUCUCCAAGUCCUGGUAAUUGUAGCAAUCAUGGUAAGUUGGUAACCGCUUCAAAAGCUCUGUAAUUACACUCCU